AUGAUUUGUAUUGCUGCUCUUCUAUUGUUUGCAGUACACACAACAUCAAUAGAGUGCUACUGUAGAAUAGGUUGGGAAGGCGCUUGUUCUGCCUGUAGUGCAGGAUGUACCUCUCAGAACUGGCGUUGUGUUGCUUGUAAUGACUCGUGUACAAAUUGUAAUGGUGGUGCAAACAAAUGCAAUGGGUGUGUAAGUGGUUAUUAUCUUCAAAGUGGUGAUAAAUCACCAUGUUUAUUGUGUUCAGACAAAUUUGGAGAAAAGUGCUUGGAAUGUGAUAGAAAUAGUGGGUGUAAAAAAUGUGAAAAUGGGUAUCAGUUGAUCAAUAAAACAACACAAAAAUGUGGAGAUUUCAAUGAAGGAUGCACACUCUGUUCAAACAACGUUUGCAGUCAGUGUUCCGAAGGAUAUUACCUUGACUCCAUCAAAAAUUUAUGUGUGAAGUGCAACAACAAAUUUUCAAAAUGCUCGCUUUGUUCUGAGAAUGAAUGUUAUGCAUGUGGCGAUAACUCGACACUGUCAAACAAAUUAUGCGUUGAAUGCAAUCAAAGAUGGGAAGGAUGUGUUGGAUGCAACGACAUUAUGUGUUCGAGUUGUCAACAAAAUGGUUAUUAUAACAGCAAUGGAUUUUGUAACAAGUGUUCAGCAAAUUGUGAGAGUUGUCAAAGCAAAGAAAUGUGUGAUGUGUGUAAAAGUGGUUAUUACUUUAAUGGAGGCAAGUGUGAGUCGUGUUCAACAAGAAAUUGUAAACUUUGCGAUAAUUCAAAAUGUGAGAGUUGUUUAGAAAACUCGUUUUUGAACAAUGGGAUGUGUGUGUCGUGCAAAGAGAAAAUCCCAAAUUGCGAGAAGUGCAACGGUGACAACGUUGACACACAGUGUCUUUUUUGUUCGAAUGGGUUUUACUCGAAUGGACCACAAUGUGUUCAGUGUGACACGUCUUGUGGGAGUGAGGGGUGUGUCAAUCGGAAGUGCACCAACUGCAAAGACAAUAAAAUUUUAGACAGAAGUGGAAAGUGUGUUGAACCAACAAAUUGUGACAGUGUUGACGACAGUAGAUGUGCUGUCUGCAAAGACGGUUAUUAUUUGUACAACAACAUUUGUGUUCAAAAAGCGUCAAACACGCCAUGCAACUCAAUUCAGAUCACAGAGGAUGUUUGUCUUAGCAAAGAAGAUGCUGGGUGCGACGAAGUUUUAAACGGCAAGUGUGCAUCAUGUCAGAGUGAAUUAAUACUCGACAAUGAGAUGUGUAAAAGUUGUUCCUCGUCAAUACAAAACUGCACAAGUUGCGCCACUUCGAGCACUGAGAGCAUCAUGUGCUCUGUGUGCAGAGAAGGGUUCUUUCCAGAGAAGACGUGUAAGUCGUGCAAAAUGAUAUAUGGGUGUGAGUUAUGUGUGAACCUUCUUGUUGGCAAUGUUGAAAGCACUCGAAUUUGCACGAAAUGUCUGAGUGGGUAUUAUUUGCAAGAUGGUGAGUGUCUCCAAAUCAAAAACUGUGUUGCGAACACAGGAAUAGAGUGCACAAAAUGUGAAAUAAACUUUAUUGUGGAAGAAGGUGAAUGCAAAGAAUACACAACACAGCUGGGGUGUAUUGCAACUGAUGGCGUGUUUUGCACGACGUGUUCUGAUGGGUUUUACUUGUCACCAGAAAGUCGGCGAUGUUUGUCGUGUUCAGUUGCGAGUUGCAGCAGGUGUGACACAACUGGCAAAUGUGUUGAGUGCAACACAAACAAUUCAUUGAAAGACGGGAAGUGUGAGAAGUGUGGGAUUGUUGGGUGUUCGCUCUGCAACUCGACUGGCAUUGAUUGUCUGCGUUGUGACAAAACCCACUUCUCAACAACACUGCCAACAACACAAUGCACAGAGUGUACAACAAAAACAAAUGGGUGUUUGGAGUGUACAAGUGAGCAUUGUACAAUCUGUCAAGACGGGUAUUUCAUCAACACCACGGAUCACACAUGCAACUCAUGCAAAGUGAUAGAGGGGUGCACAGCAUGUUCACUUGAAACAGGGAAGUGUUUCAAGUGUUUGGAUGGGUUUUAUUUGGUGAGUGGACAAUGCGCGUUGUGCAACAACACAAUGCAAAGAUGUGGAAGAUGUUCGAGUGAGUCAAAUUGCAACAGUUGUGAAGAGGGAUACUUUUUGGAAGAGAACACGUGCCACAAAUGCAGUGAGAUAGAUGGGUGUGAAAUUUGCGACGAAUCAAGUCGUCUCUGUUUUAAGUGCAAAGACUAUUACACCGCAUUGGUAGAUGGAAAUGGAUACAAAUGUGUCGACUGUGAAACUGCACACGAAAACUGUUCGAGUUGUUCAGUUGAUGGAAAUUGCACCGAGUGUGAAAGUUCUUUUAUGUUAAAAGAGGGCGUUUGUGUUGAGUGCUCAACUUCAAAUCCAAAUUGCCACGUUUGUGCAACGAAAAGUUCGAGGUGUCUUUCGUGUGGUGUUGGGUAUGGUGUUGAUGAUAAUGGACAAUGCCAGAAGUGUAUUAGUGUGAAUUGUCUUGACUGUGAGUU